AUCCUCGCGGGCGGGGCGCUGUGCCGCAUCCUGCCGCUGCCUGCGCGCCGCGCCCCUACCUGGCGGAGCCGCCGCCUGCAGGUGUCGUCAUGCAGUGACUCAGCGUCGGGGCAGAUCUCUGACUGGGAAGCUUCUGAGGGACAUUCUGACCUAAGGUCCACCUCCUUCUGCUGGCCUUCCUGAAGGCAGGACCUUAUCUGCCCAAGAUGGCGAGUUGGCUGCCUCGGUCUGCAGACCUGGCCCGUUUCUGCCAGAAACUCAACCGAGUGAAGACAUUGGAAGAUGACAUGAUGGAGACAUCUUUCAACAGAUGCCUGUCCACUGUUGACCUGACAUUAUUGGGCAUUGGGGGUAUGAUUGGUUCUGGUCUGUAUGUGCUCACAGGCACAGUAGCCAAGGAAAUAGCUGGCCCUGCCGUCAUUGUCUCUUUCAUAAUUGCUGGCUUUGCCUCUCUGUUGGCAGCCCUUUGCUAUGCCGAGUUUGGUGCCCGGGUACCGAAGACAGGAUCUGCAUAUAUGUUCACCUAUAUUUCUGUGGGUGAAAUCUGGGCCUUCCUGAUUGGCUGGAAUGUGCUGCUGGAGUACAUGAUUGGGGGGGCUGCAGUGGCACGGGCAUGGAGUGGCUAUCUGGACUCUAUAUUUAACCACAAAAUAAAGAAUUUCACUGAGACCUAUGUGGGCACAUGGCAUGUGCCUUUCCUGGCUCAUUACCCUGACUUCUUGGCAUCGGGAAUCCUGCUGAUAGCAACAGCUUUCAUCUCUUUUGGAGCCAAGGUGUCCUCUUGGCUUAACCAUGUGUUUUCUGCCAUCAGCAUGGGCGUAAUCCUGUUCAUCCUCAUUAUGGGAUUCAUUCUUGCAGAGCCUAAGAACUGGAGUGUCAAAGAAGGUGGCUUUGCCCCAUAUGGACUGUCAGGCAUUAUGACUGGCACUGCCACCUGUUUCUAUGCCUUUGUUGGCUUUGAUGUCAUAGCAGCCUCCAGUGAAGAAGCCAGAAAUCCCCAAAAGGCUGUCCCCAGAGCAAUAGCCUUCUCCUUGGGCCUAGCCACAGGAUCCUAUAUCCUCGUGUCCAUGGUGCUGACACUAAUGGUACCCUGGCACACCCUGGACCCUGACUCUGCCUUAGCAGAUGCCUUUUACAGAAGAGGUUACUCCUGGGCAGGGCUUCUAGUAGCUGCUGGCUCAAUUUGUGCAAUGAACACAGUUUUGCUGAGCAACCUCUUCUCUCUGCCCAGGAUUGUCUAUGCCAUGGCAGAGGAUGGCCUCUUCUUCCAGGUGUUUUCCCAGGUACACCCCCGCACACAGGUGCCUGUGAUUGGCAUUGUGGUGUUUGGGGUGCUUAUGGCUGUGCUGGCUCUCAUCUUUGACCUAGAAGCUCUGGUGCAGUUCCUGUCCAUUGGUACAUUGCUGGCUUAUACUUUUGUGGCAGCCAGCAUCAUUGUGCUGCGCUUUCAGCAGGGGAAGCCAGCAGCUCCCUCACACCUCACUGGAAAUCAGCCCAGCCCUGGACCAAGUGAGGGCCCUAGCACCAGUGGGCUGAAGGAAUAUGAGUCCUUCUCAGACAAGCUGCAGCUUGUAGACAAAGAUAAAGCUAAGGAGCACCGGGAGCCUGGACAGCUGAAGGCAGCUUUUGAGCCAUACCUCGAGUUCCUCAGCGACUUCUACCCCAGAGAAGUGGUCACUGUGGCUGUGAUUACCUUGAUGGUGUCUGCCAUAUGCCUUUGCUCCAUCUUGGUGUUUGGAAACUCUCACCUCCACCUGCCCACUUGGAGCUACUCCCUGCUACUGGUACUCUUCAGCUUGGGAUUUCUACUCAGCCUGUUCCUCAUCUGGGUCCAUGAGCAGCAGCAGAGAAUGCAAACCUUUCAGAUUCCACUUGUGCCACUGACCCCAGCACUGAGUAUUCUUCUGAAUAUCUAUCUGAUGCUGAAGCUGCACUAUAUGACAUGGCUCCGAUUCUCCAUCUGGCUGAUCAUAGGCCUCCUGGUGUACUUUGGCUAUGGCAUCUGGCACAGCAAAGAGAAUCUACGGGAGCCAAAGUCUCACAACGUGAGUGCCCGCUAUGUGGUGUUUCCCAGCAGCAGCCUUGAGGAGACGCUGCAAGCAGUUCAGCCCAGUACUCAGGCAUCAACAGGGCUUGCAGAUAUAGUGAAUGAGGAAGCCAAAAGAUGAUUCUGUUUGGGAAGGGAAGCCUGUGUGCAUCGAAGUGGUGGCAACCUCCCUGAGUGAUAAAAGAGCACCUGCCUACCCAUUCUCUUCUGCAGCAGUAGCUGAGAGGGAUGGGUCUGCCUUGGUCAUGCUCUGUUCUCUGGAGAGUGCUGCGAUACACAUGCUUUCUUAUCCUCACUGAGCACAUGCAGCGGGGUGGAGAGAGCUGAAUCCCUUGUAUGUGGGAAUCUGGCUUUUAUCUCCCUACUUCAGCUUCUCUGUUUUGGUAAACUAUAAGCCUUGUUCUUAUCACUUUUUUCUCUAGAACCCACUGCAAAACUCUAGGAUAUUAGGAAAGGGGCUAAAACUCUUUUCCAUGUUUGUAUCCAUUCAUGCCCUGCCAGUCUUGAAGUAGCCAAGAGACAGCCUCAUGGCCAUUCUCAUCAGAGCCUUCUGUUUUCUCCCAUAAUUCACAGAGAGCUUUAAACGGUCUCUUCAAGACAGGGCUUUAUCCUUUUUCCUACUUUGGUCUUAGGCCACUGUGGCUUUCAUCUCCCUUUGCCUCAGUUUCCAUCUCUAAAAUGAGGAUUAUUUCGAUGCUGAACAGAGAUAACUGAAUAUAAGAAUGUUCAGAAUGUAUGUACCCCUUGUGUACCCAUCAGGCACUUCCUGGCAUUUCUUCUGCAGGUCUGCCUAUAAAGCAAAGUUGUGGAUGCAAGCUGCUAGUUCAGUGGGAUAACUCCAACAAGAAAAUCCUUGUUUUCAAUCUUCUAAAAGGGACAGAGAUGAGUGUGGCUGCAAGGGUCAUUCCAAGAGCUUUCUGCUAUUCUCAGGAACCUUGGAUGAUACAAGUGAGGCCUGGGGAGAAGAAUCUGUCCCAUUGUGCACCAUGUAAGGAGCCAUGGCUACCUAGUGCAAAUUCAGAUUAGGGAGUCCUAUGUAGUUUAUCAGAUUUCUGAUGUGAUAUAUUUGUAGCCAGUAGGCAAAUGUAAUUCAGCCCAGGCUCUUUACUUGUGUUCGUGACCAUGUAAGUGGUCUAUUGAGCAUUAGGUCAAUUCCACAUCACUUCAGCCUUUUAACUUUGCAGUGCUCAGUCCUCUGCAUGAGAGAGAACACAGUCCCUUCCCUGAGGAUAUCACAAGCUAAAAGUGAAAAACACAGGAUCUGUACAAGACCUGAGAAAGCAUAACCCAGAACCUGAGUUCAUUCUUUGGCAUAUUCCCCUGAAUAUGAAUCACAGAGAAGCAGAGCUAAAAGGGACCUCCAGAGGUCUUCUAGUCCAGUCCCCUGCUGAGGCAGGAUCGUUCCUGUCCAAAUCAUCCUAUACAAAUCCAUAAUCUAAACUUUUUGUAAAACUACCAUCAACCCUGAUAUAAUGCAAGAUAUAACACUAAACCUGCCACAGGUAAAGUGGGGGAACCACGGUAGCCAGCAUCCUGCUUCUAUAAAAGGUUGUUAAUAUAGGCUUAAAAGAUCCCAGGGAGAGGGUCAUGGCCCCUGCUAUAGAGGAAGGCAAAAACCUCCACAGUCCAUACUAAGAAGCAGAAGCAGCCAGUUGCCCACAAAGAGUAUCAGGGAGAUAGAUGUCACUUGACUCAACUCUGAACAAAAGCUUAGGGAUCAAUAUGUGCUGUUUUUUCUCUGCAACUUACAGAAUCCUUCCCAGCAGCAUACAGGCUGCAAAGCAUUAUGCAGAACCCACUCUUGCCACCCAUGUAAACUCUCACAAUUCCAGCUAGUUUAGCCCAUCUCUGGCACAAGGGCCUGUGAAGAGAGGCUUAGGAUUCAUGCUCCUAUGCCAAGGGACUUCUCCACUAGCCACUUGCAUGCCCCUUACAGCCAUCAGCUGUUCUGGUGGCAUAUUGAUUUAAUUUCAUAUAGGGGCAGCUUCUACUUUUUAAUAAAACCAAUCAGUGUCCCAAGCAGCUUCAGGGCUUGGACUGAAGUAAGAACUCCAGAACUCCAGCCCAAGUUUUCUCAUUAAAUGAUUGGAGCUUUCUUUGUUUGGUGACUCCCUUUCAGAGACUGUUUUCUGGAACCCUCUUUACCAUUAGAAGAGCUUCGAGCAAUGGUUCUCAACCUUUUUAGACUCAAGACACCCCUCAGAAAAUGCCAGCUCUUAGUUUUCACUUGUUUGUUUGUUUUUUUGACUACAGAAAAGAAACUCAAAAAGUCCACAAUAAUGUUUUUUAACACUACGGAUUCCUUUUUUAAAUUUUGGGGCUUUUUUGUGAAUCAUAUUUGUACACCUAAUGGUGCUAACAUUGUGUGGCAUCCCACAGGACCUUUGAAAGGAUCUCAAGGCAUCCCAAGGUACUGAGGCACAGGGAAAGGCCUCACUACAGCUCAGCUGAGAUUUGAGGCUCCCUUUUCCAAAGUCAUCCCUCACCUUUGGAUCACUUCACUUGCCAGUGUAGGCAAAGUAGUUGCCGCUGUCAAGGCAACCAGGCCCAGGUAGAGUUCAAAAGAGCAGUUGUUGCCUACUUGUGUUACCUGCCCUGACUCCCUGCUGUAUGCAGUGGUGAUGGACACAUUUGCUGUAUUAAAAUUCUCUGCCUGUGUAUUUGGGCAGUUUUGUCAGUAUGGGAGCUGAUAGCUGAAGCUUUGUAAUUCUUUAGUAGGAAGAAGUGAGUAUAUAGGCAAGAAGAAGACUGACUAAUUACUAGGUUGUGCAGAACAGAUGCCACAGUUACUGAAGCUAUUAAGGAUGGGGCAGAUCUUCCUCAUGAGGACUGGGUGUGAAUCUGGAAGCCAGCCACACCCUGGUAGGGAGCAGCAGAAUGAGCACUGGGUGACCUACUCAAGUCCCUUCCCCCUGCCGCAGCUUGGAUUUUAUGUCUCUACUGGACCUAGAGAAGCCCAUAGGCUCGACAGUGGGAGACAUUCCAAGUUCAGCAUAUGGGUUCUGUUGUGGAUUUGCUGAGACUGCCCAAGGUGUUGAAUUUGGCACACACUUGUGUUGUCCAGGCUUCUCCUUGCUCUGUUGCUGCUAUUUGAUCACCCCUGCCCUUGCAUUGUGUGAAACAUUGUAUUUAGAAAUGUGUGAAAGGCUAUUAUUGCAAACUGAGUUGUGUGUUCCUGCUGUGCUGUGGCUCUUCUCAGUGUCUCUGUAUAAUGGCUUGUCAUAAAGAUGAUGAAUCCAAUCCCAUUAUAAACACUGGUCCUUUAA